CAAGACGGACGGCGGAUUCGGAAAGGGACGUCACAGUGCGACCAAUAAGAGGAGACAUAUCCGUACGACGAAUGUGGGCCGUCGAUUACGGUGGUCAAAGAUUAUCGAAUAAAAAUCAAAGAGGUUCCUUAUUUUCAUCGAAUGAAUAAUACAAUCCUAAUAUAUAUAAAAAAGUUUGACAAGUUGAAAUAAGGAAACAUGCGAGGGGUAAAAUGGAAUUUCCCGAAUUUUAGUUUCCGAGUAAAUCAUAGUAAAAAUCUAGAUAAAUCUUGGAUAUUCCAUUGGCUAAUAUAGUAAUUUUCCACACCCCUUUUGUCGGAUCCGUCCGAUUGUACCGAAUCCGCUAUCCGCUUCGCCGCCUCCUUUCUUCCCCAAUCUCCUCCUUCCCCACGCAAACCCUAACGACGCUCUCCCUCCUCCAUCCGGCCGCGGCCAUGACGACGGCGGCGACGACAACGAGGUCGAACUCCGAUAAGCGCUGCGACGGAGACGGAUGCGAUGCCGCGCACCCCUGGCCCCUCCACCACAUUCGCUACCGCGGCGGCGUCCGCCGCUUCUGCACGUCCUGCGUCCUGAAGUCCCACGCCGGCUCCUUCUGCGUCAUUUGCUUCGCCGUACUCGAUGCCGUCCCAGCACCGGCCAUCGCGCAUUGCUCCAAGUGCCCCUCCGCCUCCCACAUCUCCUGCCUCCCCCACCCCAAUCUGGCCUCCCGCUUCCUCUGCCAUUGCUGCCGCAAUCCCGACUCUUUCUCCUACUACCCUGCCGGAGAGGUCCCGAUCGAGUCUUUGGAGGCGGAGACGAGGACGAUCGACACCGAAUCUGCAAAAGCACUUGUUGCCGCGUCAAAGCUCUCGGUAGCUUCGAUGAAGAGGGCUGCGGCGUGUGCCAGGGUGGAAGCCGAGAGGAAGGUGAAGGAUGCCAUAAUUGCCAGAACGAAGGCAAAGGACAUGCUCGAGCGGGCCGCCUUGAUAUCUCAUAAGGAAAGCGAGAAGGUCCACGGAGCGAAUGAUUCCAAUAACAAGCUUCGCACUCCCAUGGCGGCGGCAGUGAAUCCAGAGAAGAAGAUGAAAGCUCCCAACUCAAACAGUCCUUCAUCUAACGAAGGCAGCAAACCCAUGGCGGCUGAGCAGAGGCGAAUCCACAGCAGGGAACGCGAAAAGUGGAUGAGAAUGCACGAGCCGAUCUCGACGGAGCACGGGCUGCCCCAGGGCACCACCGAUCGCAGAAAGUCUAAGGCCCCUUCUCUUGCCGGUGCGGAAGCCACUGUUGCAGCAGCUGACGCAAAUAAUCCAGUAAAAAUCGCACCUUUUUCUUCAAAGCAGAAACGCAUCGAACGAGAAGUGAAAAAGACUCGUCUUUUUGGCUCCAUGGAGGGCGACGCCGAUGCAAAGAACUAUUGAGAACUUAAAGAUGCAUCCCCAAACAGAAGGUAAUAAACAAAAGACAUUUUAAGGUUAGUUACUGGUUGAUCUCAGAUAUAAUGGAGUAGCCCUUUUUUUUGGUCUUGACCGCUAUGUGCCUCAAUAAUUGUGUGGUCAUUGUCAAUUCAAGAAGAGAUUCAUAGGGUUAAACCUUUCACCAUGUCCAUAACAAUCCUUUGCAAUUGAGUAGAGCCUCAUUUGGAUCUUAA